AUGUAUAGCCGCAGGAGUGAGGAAAUUACACGCAUCUCGCAACGGCUCGCGGGCAUCCACAUCCCCGUGUUCUGCGUGCUGGAGUCCCAUAUGGGCGAUCCUGUUCUAUCGCAUUGGAUUGGAGCGGAUGGCGUAGUUGCCGGAACGGCGCUGGGCAGAGUUUCCGCUUACCUAUUCGACAACUCUGCUCCGAGAAUAGCUAAGUCAUCUACGACUGUGGAUGCAAAGGAUGACGGCGGUUCAAACUCCAAGCUAGACCAAUCGAGUUCCAAGCCGUCCGAAACAGCGCAGGAAAGUAGUACGUCCGCCCACGGGGACGACUCUAAAAGCGACGCUACACUACCAUCGGCAACAAACGCUGCCGUAGGAGGCGUGGAAUCGCCGGAGACGUCGCCUGCAAAUCCGGAUGGCACAGUGGCUAUUCACGUGGCCGAAGACGAGUGUGAUGUAGAUAAAGGCGAUGAUUCGUGCGGAUGCGAUAGUCGGAAGUUUCCGAACUUGGCAUCUCUAUUUGGAACCGUAAUGAACUAUAUAAGGUGUGGCAAAAGCGGUGCAGAUCCUGUGCGAUUAGACGACGUGUUGCCUGGACGGUACACUGUAUUCGCCUCCUUCUCCGACGAACCAAUACGUGCUGUCUUUAUUCACAGAAGACAGUUGUACUGCCUCAUUGGCACGAGCUUAAUCUCUGUAUACGACGUUGACAAAUAUGCUCUUCUCAACGAGUAUCGACUGUCUCUCUCGCGCAACGCCGGCUACAAGCAAAUCGCAUUUGCCGCUUGCAAAAUUCUGGUGGACUGCAUGCGCGGUUCAACUAUCCUCGAUCCAGUGGCGAAGAGGCAGACAAGUUCCACUCACAGGGUUUAUCCGUCAAACGUUUUAGAUUUCAACGGGACUGAGAUGAUGUGUUACUACCGCAACGUCAACAAGUACUUCGUGCAAGUGCUCACAUUAGACAGAUACGUAUCGAAGAAGGUCUUAUUCUCAAUCUCGAUGCCUAAGAGUGUCUUCCUUGUGACCCACGGUAGGUUUUGGGGUAGCGACAAGCUGGUGGUGGUUACUGACAUGCUAACUAUCAGCGUGUACAAGUACCACGAAGUUACCGUCCCAAUCGCAAAGCGUCGUUCAAGAGUAGACAUAGUGGCACUGUGUGGCGGUUUCAGCGAUUUCCUCGCGGUGCUGAUGAAGGAUUCUACGAUAAAACUGCUUCAUGGACACACCUUGGAAACCUUCUUCAGGAUCCCGCUCUACCCUGCAACAUUUGAGUUGGGUUGGCCAUACACGCUGAUCAACUACGGCGACAUAAUGUCGUUCACGUCUGACGAAGGCGUGUACUGCCUCAGAUUACCCAGCAAGGUCAUUGCAGUGGCUAGCGAAUGGAAAGAUAACGGUUCUUCAGUUGAUCACGACAUUCACGGAGAGACAUGA